AUGGGGAGCACGUUUCCUGAGCGUAAAUAUGACAUCGACCAUCAAUGGCCAACUCCUCACGCAAGCAAAGCUUUGCAGUCAUGGGGCAAGCUCAACUCUCAUAUUAAAACUGGUACUCUCCAAAUCGAUGGCAGUACAUUAGAUCUGGCGGCCGUCGUCGCUGUCGCACGGAACGGUGUACACGUGGCUCUCUCUGAGGAUCCCAGAAUCAUCCAGGGUAUCGAAGGGAGUGUCGAGACCUUACAAGACUAUCUCUCCAAGGGCUAUUACCUCUAUGGCGUUAACACCGGGUUUGGAGGCAGCGCCGACACACGAACUACAGACUUAUAUGGGCUGCAGCGUGCUUUGAUGCAGCACACCCAAAGCGCAGUUCUGACUAAGGAAGACAAGACAGACUCCCCCAGCAGUCAUGAAUACCUCGAGUCUCACAGCAUGCCAAGUGCAUGGGCCAGGGCUAUGACAACUAUUCGCUGUAACGCUAACAUUCGCGGUCACUCGGCUAUGACCCGCAACGUCGUUGACUCGAUGAUCAAGCUGUUGGAGCAUGACAUCGUGCCGAUCGUGCCUUUGAGAGGCUCCAUCUCAGCUUCUGGAGAUCUGAUGCCCUUGUCAUAUCUUUCUGGAACCAUCCAGGGAAACCCAGAUGUCUACGUGCGCGUCGGAGGUCGCAAGGGCCCACCUCGUGUCAAAUCAGCGCAGCAAGCCCUCUACGAGGCUUCCAUUGAGCCCAUUGUUUUGGGACCUAAAGAGGGACUGGCCCUAAUCAACGGAACCGCUGCCGCCACAGCCGUGGCUAGCUUGGGUCUUUAUGAAGCUAAUCAACUCGCGGUGGUCUCACAACUGUUGACUGCACUCUCAUCUGAGGCGCUCUAUGCCAACAAUGAGUGGGCCCAUCCCUUUAUCGCUGCGGCACGCCCACACCAAGGCCAGAUUGAGGCUGCUCAGAACAUCCGAACUUUCCUGAGGGGAUCACGGCUGUCAUACGGACUGGAGCAGACCAAGGACCGCUGCUCUCAAGGUCUAGCCCAAGAACGAUAUGCGCUGCGCAGCUCACCACAAUGGCUCUCGCCGCAGCUAGAGGAUCUCCUUAGUGCGGAGAAGCAGCUUGUGACAGAGCUUAACUCCACCUCCGACAACCCGGUCGUCAACUGUGCUGAUAAUGACAUCCACUGUGGUGCCAACUUCCAGGCAGCGGCAGUCACAUCGGCCACAGAGAAGAUUCGCCUGGCAUUGCAGUCUAUUGGCAAAAUGCUUUUCAGCCAGGUCAGCGAGAUGAUCAACCACGACUUGAGCAAUGGGCUUCCGCCCAACUUGGCAGCCGAUGAUCCUAGUCUCUCCUUCUGCCUCAAGGGUAUUGACGUCAACACUGCCGCCUAUACCUCGGAGCUGGGAUUCCUAGCUAACCCCGUCAGUAACCACGUACAGUCUGCUGAGAUGCACAACCAAGCCAUCAACUCGCUUGGUCUUCUUUCUGCGCGCCAAACGAUGGCUGCAGUUGAAUGUCUGUCCUUGAUCGUCGCCAAUUCGCUGUACACAGGCUGCCAGGGCGUAGACCUACGCACAUUGCACCGCACUUUCAUUCCAACCCUGGAAGAGCCCGCCCGUCAACUUGUCGCCGGCCUCUUUCCUGAUCACCACGAUCUAGCGAUAAGGGAACAAUUCUUCACCACCUUUUGGAAGCAAUUCGAGAAUGCCUGGUAUGAGGCUGCUGCAUACGACGCCGCUGAGCGUGCCCAGAGAGCUUCCCAGUCGUUAGCCAUGGCCGUCUUUGUGAACGCCCAGGAGAUACCCAUGAUCGUGUCUGUGGAGACAGUAACGAGCUUGACCAAGACUUUUGAGAAUCUUAUUUUACAGUCUUAUGUGCGCCACCGUGAUGCGUUUUUCCAACAGCCAACUACUGCCGAGUAUCUCGGCCAAGGCACCCAGGCUGUUUAUCUUUUUAUUCGCGAGAAGCUGGGCGUGCCUCUGCACCGGGGUCUCGUCGAGCAUCCCGUGGCAGGAGACAAGCAAGGCAAUAUAAUUGAUGGCCGUCCUAAGAAGACCAUCGGAUCCUGGGUGUCGAUAAUCUAUGAGGCUGUUCGGGAUGGGUCGUUGUAUGCUGAAGUGUUUCAGUUUCUGGAAGCUAGUGGCGGCGUGAGUGUGUCGGGUGGGACAAAUGGAACGAAAGCUGCGAACGGGUUGAACUGA